AUGGCCGACUGGCAUACACAGUUCCUGUUGCCUUUCGGCGAGGAGAAGGAGCACAUCGACUGGCAUGCAGAACCACCCAGACCGCACCACCUCCAUGUGCCGGGGCUGCCGGAGGCGGCACGGGCUUUGGAGCACCGACGCCCGGGCAAGCAGCUCUUGAAGAAAGGCAGCUUCCACACGCAUUGCGCCCAAGACGAGCUGCAAUUAGUUGUGGCGCUCGAGACACCGGAUCAGGCAGCCCGGCUCCGAAAGCAGGCGGCCGAGUUGGAUAGCGGCAUGGGUGGCAUGCAGGAGAUAUUGCUGGACCAGUUUGUUGAGAAAGACUAUGGAGACGAUUUGCUGUUGCUGACGGCGACAGAGCAGCCCGGUGGUCGACUCGUUGGGCUGAUCUUCUGGAGAUACUUGCAUUCCGCACAUGACGACUUCUGGCGGCACGUCCUGGUCGACUUGGGUAAGGCGGAUCACCUGCAACCUCUCGGCAGACAAGGGGCACCAGCUCCGGAUGCUUGGAUUCUUGUGGAGUUGCUGUGUACCGACGACUCAUUCCGCAAGCGCGGCAUUGGAAAGCUGCUCCUGGUGGCAGCCCUGGCAUACUCCAGCGUUAAGGACGGAAAAACUGCAGCUGUGCUGACUCUCGGCCACGGCGAGGCGAAUGAGCCUGCCGCGGAGCUGUAUCGGAAACUCGGUUUCUAUCCGAUGCCUGCCGAGCUGUUCCUGGAUUCGUCAGAGGACCCGGAGCGGUUCUUUGGGAUAUUAGGCGUGGCCUCGCCUCGCUGA